AUGGCGGGGCGAGGUAGACCGCCCUACUUGAUGCUCUUCCUGGUGGUGUUCGGUCUAGUCACCGCGAAUCUUCCCCAGGGCAUCGCAGAGGCAAACGAAGUGGCUGACCUUCUCGUAAACGCCCAAUCACUGGAUGGCGGAAAUGGCGGGAACGGUUACGAUGGCAAGGUCGAUAACGGUGACGUUGACGAUGACUAUGAGCAGUUUGAAUACGAAGAUGACGAGUAUGAACAAUAUCAGGGCGAGGACGUCCUGUACGAACCAGUGAACGAUGACAUCAAUGAAAUUGCCGUUGAUGAAGGCGAGUACGGACCAGGCUAUGAGAGACUUCGUCUAGUCCACAAACAAGGUGAAUCGAAACCUGGCGAUGUUGAUGUCGGAGGCGACGACGAUCAGCCGAAUGGGAUGAACGAAGUCGGUUUGGUGCCGGCUAAGUCUAACAGUGACGAUGAUGGCGAUAAGAAUUUGAUUGAACUUAUUCUCAAAAGGCAAGACCAGGGCGCUGGUGAACAGAUACCAAACGAGAACUAUCCUUUGGCACUUCAAGAAGAGAAUUUGAGCGAGGAACUAAAUGACUUGGAACUUCAAGCUCGAGGAGGGGGAAAUCGAAAAUACGGCGGCGGCAGAGGAUGGGGUUACGGUGGCGGCGGUGGUGGAGGCGGCGGUGGCGGUGGAGGAGGAGGUGGUGGUGGUAACGGAAAGAAACCAUGUAAAGGAAAUGGUGGUGGCGGAGGAGGAGGAGGUGGUGGCGGUGGAGGAGGUGGUGGUGGCGGUGGAGGAGGUGGUGGCGGUGGAGGAGGUGGUGGCGGCGGAUCAAAACCUAAACCCAAACCCAAUCCAGGCGGAGGUGGUGGAGGAGGAGGCGGCGGCGGCGGUGGUGGUGGAGGUGGUGGUGGUGGAGGCGGCGGAGGAGGUGGUGGGGGUGGCGGCGGAAAACCAAAACCAAAUCCAGGUGGUGGAGGAGGAGGCGGCGGUGGUGGAGGUGGUGGUGGUGGAGGCGGCGGAGGAGGCGGUGGGGGUGGCGGCGGAAAACCAAAACCAAAACCAAAUCCAGGUGGAGGAGGGGGUGGCGGAGGCGGCGGGGGUGGUGGAGGAGGAGGAGGCGGUGGAGGAGGAGGAGGAGGAGGAGGUGAUGAUGGAGGUUGUAAGUGCGACGGAAAUGGGGGAGGGGGAGGAGGAGGUGGUGGAGGAGGAGGAGGCGGCGGCGGCGGUGGAGGAGGAGGUGGAAAACCAAGACCACCAGCGCCCAAACCUAAUCCCGGAGGUGGUGGUGGCGGCGGCGGUGGCGGCGGAGGUGGCGGCGGUGGUGGCGGAGGUGGCGGCGGCGGUGGCGGUGGAGGAGGAGGUGGUGGUAAUAGACCACGCCCUCCAAAGCCCGUCCGACCCCCAGCUCCUAAACCAAAACCACCCAGACCAGUCCGUCCACCGGCACCAAAGCCCCCUCCUGCGCCCGCCCCUGCCCCUCAGCCUUCCUCUUCGGGAAGUGGUAGUGGAAGUAGCAGUGGAGGUAGCAGUGGCAAAAGCUCUCACUCUGGCAGUAAAGGUAGUCACAGCCAUGGGAGUAAGAGCAAACAUAGCAAAGGCAGUAAAAGCAGCAAAGGCAGUAAGAGCAGCAAAGGCAGUAAAAGCAAAGGGAAACAUAGCAAAGGGAGUAAGAGCAAAGGAAAGCAUAGCAGGCGAGGAAAGAAGAGCCGAGAGGUGAAUCUCCAACAAGAUGUGCUUCUCAAGAAAUGGGAUGACAUGGCUAUACCUUAA